AUGUCUGGCUGGGAGGUCCGCUGGUCCAACUCGCGCUCGCUGCCCUACUACUACAACGGCUCCACAGGCCAGAGCACCUGGGAGAGACCCGCCGACAUCAGCGAGGACGCAGCCAAGAACCUUCCCGGAGCCAAGUACCUCUCGGCCAACGCUGUGCCGGAGGGCAAGGUCCGCGCAAGCCACAUUCUUGCCAAGCACGCUGGGAGCCGGCGUCCCAGCAGCUGGAAGCAGCAAAACAUCACCCGUACCCUCCCCGAGGCGCGCGCCCAGAUCCAGGGAUACCUCACCACGAUCCAGGCCCUGCCGGCCGACAAGCGUGCUGCCGAGUUCGCCAAGAUUGCGAGCACCGAGAGUGACUGUUCGAGCGCGCGUUCCGGCGGCGACCUCGGUUUCUUCGGCCGCGGCCAGAUGCAGAAGGCGUUUGAGGACGGGACUUACGCGCUUGAGGUCGGCGAGAUGAGCCCCCUCAUUGAGAGUGACUCUGGCGUGCACAUCAUUCUGCGCACUGCGUAA